GAAAGAACCAGUUUUCAGAGAGAUUGCCUCAGACUGCAUCAUCUCCACCUGCCCAGCCCUGUGGAAGCUUACCGACCAUGUUUUCCGAUGGGACAGGAACGGUGAUUGCUGGAGAAAGGAAAGCCCUUCUCCUCUCCCUGUUGCUCAUUGGUGCCUGGAGCUGUGUGACCUGUCAUGGAACCCCUGUAGAGGACAUCUGCAUAGCCAAGCCCCGGGACAUUCCUGUGAAUCCCAUGUGCAUUUAUCGUUCCCCAGCGAAGAAGUUGACUGAGGAUGAGGGUUUAGAGCAGAAGAUCCCUGAAGCUACCAACCGUCGGGUCUGGGAACUGUCCAAGGCCAAUUCCCGCUUUGCCACUACCUUCUAUCAGCACCUGGCAGACUCCAAGAAUGACAAUGACAACAUUUUCUUGUCACCCUUGAGCAUCUCCACAGCUUUUGCUAUGACCAAGCUGGGUGCCUGUAAUGACACCCUGAAGCAGCUGAUGGAGGUUUUUAAGUUUGAUACCAUCUCGGAGAAAACAUCUGAUCAGAUCCACUUCUUCUUUGCCAAACUGAACUGCCGACUGUAUCGAAAAGCUAACAAAUCCUCCAAUUUGGUAUCAGCUAAUCGCCUUUUUGGAGACAAAUCCCUUACCUUCAAUGAGACCUAUCAAGAAAUCAGUGAGAUUGUUUAUGGAGCCAAGCUCCAGCCCCUGGACUUCAAGGAAAAUGCAGAGCAGUCCAGAGUGACCAUCAACAACUGGAUAGCCAAUAAGACUGAAGGUCGCAUCACAGAUGUCAUUCCCCAAGAAGCCAUCAAUGAACUCACUGUCCUGGUGCUGGUUAACACCAUUUACUUCAAGGGCCUGUGGAAGUCAAAGUUCAGCCCUGAGAACACAAGGAAGGAACUGUUCUACAAGGGUGAUGGGCAGUCAUGCUCAGUGUCUAUGAUGUACCAAGAAGGCAAGUUCCGAUACCGGCGUGUGGCAGAAGGCACACAGGUGCUUGAGCUGCCCUUCAAGGGGGAUGACAUCACCAUGGUGCUCAUCCUGCCCAAGCCUGAGAAGAGCCUGGCCAAAGUUGAGCAGGAACUCAGCCCAGACUUGCUACAGGAGUGGCUGGAUGAGCUGACGGAGACGCUGCUUGUGGUUCACAUGCCUCGCUUCCGCAUCGAGGACGGCUUCAGUCUAAAGGAGCAGCUGCAAGACAUGGGUCUUACUGAUCUGUUCAACCCUGAGAAGUCCAGACUCCCAGGUAUUGUUGCAGAGGGCAGGGAUGACCUCUAUGUCUCAGAUGCAUUCCACAAAGCCUUUCUUGAGGUAAAUGAGGAAGGCAGUGAAGCAGCAGCGAGUACUGUCGUCAUGAUUGCUGGCCGUUCACUCAACCCCAACAGGGUGACCUUCAAGGCCAACAGGCCCUUCCUGGUUCUUAUAAGGGAAGUUGCUCUGAACACUAUUAUAUUCAUGGGGAGAGUGGCCAACCCUUGUGUUGACUAAAAUAUUCUUAAUCUUUGCACCUCCUUCUUAUUUUUGGUGUUUGUGAGUAGAAGUAAAAAUAAAUACAACUACUGCCACUUACAAGUAUGAAUGAACUUUGCCAUCUGAAAUGAAGACAAAGGAAUGAAACACAAACGAGGUGCUGCUGGGGCAUUUGGCAAAAUAGCAUUUUCAAUUCUUCUCUACUCUGUAACCAUCUCUGGGUAAAUAAAAUGAAAGAGGCCAGG